AUGGGGCGCAAGGAAGCAGGGAAAAAGCGGGUUCCCAACAGCAGUCAAAACACAGCAAUCAAUGCAGCAGCAGGAGAAGGUGCUGCUGCUGCUGCUCCUGCAGCUUUGCCUCCGGGAACAGCAGUAGCAGCACAAUCAGAACCCCCCCACAAAGAGACAGGAGGAGGAGGAGCAGCAGCUGCCGCUGCUGCUGCUGCUUCCCCGGGGCCAACAGCAUCAGCUCAACCCCCUGCGUCUUUCCUGUGGGAUGGCAGUAAUUGGGGGGAACAGCCGCAGCAGCGGCAUGCUCGGCGGAAGUCGAGGAAACAACAGCAGCAGGAAGCAGCAACAAAGCGCCGGGCCAAACAAGCCAUUGCAGCAAGCGCAAGCAGUAGUAGUAGUAGUAGUAGUAGUAGUAGUAGUAGUACCAUUGUAGCAGGCAACAGCAGCAGCAGUUUUGCCGUUAGCGAAUGCAUAUGUGGGGCGCAUCUCCACCCAGGAACCAGCGGUCACGAGGAGAUAGCGGUUCGCGUGCUGCAGCGGCAGCAGCAGUUGCUACAAAAGCAGCAGCAGCAGCAGCUACCGCUGCUGCAGCCAAAGAAGCAGCAACUAUGCUCUGAUGACCUCAUGGACGAGAUAAGGGCUCUGGAUGCCCUUUACCCCCCACUUUUGCUGCUGCAGCGCGGGAUGCUGCCCGCGAUGUUCCUGGCGGAGGUCGACCACACCUGUGCUGCAGCAGCAGCAGCGGUUGCUGCAUUGAGCGCUGCCCACAGCAGCGCCGAUACCAGCAGUAGCAGCAACAGCAGCAGAAGCAAGGUGUUCCCAUGGGAUGCGGGGCGUCUGUUUUCUACCACAUGCGCCACCUUCUUACUGCUGUCUCCGCUGAAUUGCUUUUUUUGUCGUUACGAUGCAUCCUUUGCUGCUGCUCCCGGGGCAGCAGCCAGCAGCAGCAGCACAAGGGCUCAUCGGGAGAGCGGUGGCACAGCUGAGGGCCGCAGCAGCAGAGGCAGCAGCAGAGACAGCAGCUGCAGCUACAAGAGCAGCAGCAGUAUGGAGAGUUGCUCUGCAGCAGCUCUGUCGCCCCAGCAACAGCUCAAGGUGGCGUUCAGCUGCCGCUGCGAGUGUUGUGGCAGUCGUCUGGGGGGCGACGGUCGCGGCAUUGGAACAAAAAGCCGCAGCAGCAGCAAGGAGUCUGUUCGAAUAGCCUUUCAUAUAAGCACCUUCAGGACAGAGGAGCAUACAGCUGUCAUAGAUGCUCUGUUGCCGCCAGCAUAUCCUGCUGCGCGACCAACCGUUUGCAUUGGGCUGUCUUGCAAUCCAUCAGCAGAGCGAUUGGAGCUGCUGCUACAGCAGCUGACGACUUCUUAUUACAAGGAACCGCGGGAGGUGCUGCUGCAUGCGUUGGCGAUGCACGUCGAAACGUUUCUGGUGUGCCUUCCAUCACAGCCAAAUCUGUGGGAGGAGAUGCAGCAGCGAGUGCAGCAACAGCAGCAGCAGCACCAGCAGCAUUUGGAGCAGCUGCAGCUGCAGCUGAUGCGAGACCGUGCGAGGCGAGGAUCUCUGCAUAAAAGCAAGAAGGCCGCUGCAGCGGAAGCAGCAGCAGCAGCAGCGCGUGACGGAGAUGCAGCAACCACGCAGCAGCAAGCAGCAGAAUUCCACAUGGCUGUCGCUGCGAGGCUCAGAGGAGAAGAACAGCAAGCCACAGGCACUUUGCCCCUCACGUUGCUGUAG